AUGAGCGCGAAUUUCGCCCCGACCGACGAUUGCAUUCGCGCCCGCGAGGAUGCAUGGAUCCGUCGACCGAUCGAUCGAUCCAUCGCGCGCCCCCGCGCCAUAACUCGAGUCCCAAACCUGACUUCAUCCCCGCCGUCGCCUCCCCGUCCAAACCCUCCUCCUCCAGCGCCUCCGAGGCGAACGCACGGCCCCGCGCACCACCCCGCGCCUCCGCGCCAGCUCGUCGAGGCGGUCCGCGCGCGAUACCCACUCUGGGCCACCCUCGGCAUCGACGCGCUCGCGCUCGCGCGCCAGCGCGCGCUGCCGUGGCUCCUGAAGCAGAUCGAGGACGUGUACGACGAGCGGUACGCGCACGACGUCGCGGAGCUCGAGUUCGCGGCCGGGUGCGUGCGCGACGAGAAGAAGAAGAGAGGAGGAGGAGGAGGAGGCGGUACAGCCGGCGGCGACGCGGACGACGAGUCGGACGCGGCUGCGGCGAUCAUCGAAGCCGCGCUCGCGCCGAGGCCGUUCCCCGAGUACGUCCUCGCGCACUGCGCGCGACGGUACGGCGUCAAGUCUCUCGCGGAGAAGGCGGCGUGGGAGCUCAUGUGCAACGCGGAGGCGGCGAGGAGCGCGGGAGCGCACACGUCCGUGGAUCUGUUUUGCGCGUUUUGCAACCGCGGAUACGACGACGAGGAGCUGAUGUUCUUCCUCUACGUCCGACAGGUGCGCGGCGCGCGUCGUCCGACACGGACACGACACUUUCGCGUGACAUCUCAUCUCGACCGCGCGAUCGUCCACGUGGAUUUCAAAUCUUUUCGCAUCCGAUCGCGCGCCGACCAAUCGAAUCGAUCCCUCACCGCGAAUCGAAUCCAUCGACAGCAACUCUUGUCGGCGUGCGCGAGAGCGCUGCCGCGGGUGGACGUGCACGACGUGAAAGGCGCGUCGCAGCGGUUCCUCGCCGGGCCGCCGGCGCCACCGCUGCCUCCCGCGAUCGCGCUCACGGAGAAGCGCGCGAGGGACGUCACGCGGAGCGUCUUCGGCGGCGCCGUCGCGGACGGGAUGCUCUGUCAGGCGGUGUUGCAGCUCGUCGGCGAUUUUUUCAAGGAGAAACGCGAAGAGGCGUCGCGCGAGAAGAAGGGCAAGGGCAAAGGCAAGGGCAAGGGCGGCGGAUCCGGGAGAGGCGGCGUGGACGCCGCCGCGGAGGCGACGAUGGAGGCGUACUACUACCUCAAGCUCAUGCUGAGCGCGUACCGGGACACGCGGCCGGACGGCGGCGGCGAGGACGACCCGUCCGCGGCGCCCGCGGUCGCCGCGCGAGAGGAAGCGCUCGACCGGCUGUUCAUCGGCGAGGACGUGGACGCGGCGCCGUCGGUGACGACCGCGGACGGCGGUGACGACGUCUCGACGUCCCCGGGGCGGGCGUCCGGCGGCGGAUGGGGCGCCGGCGGUGCGACGUCGGCGGCGACGGCGGCGGCGGCGACGGCGGCGGACGCCGCAUUUCGCGCCGCCUCGCCCGCGAGAGAAACUAACUCCCCCUCUGGGAAACUCUCCGUGGACCCGAACGGGACGUACGUCAAGCUCGUGCGACGCGCCAUCUCGAACAGCUGCGGGAUGUACUGCGACGUGUACCUGAUCCAGGUGGCGCGAGACGUCGCGCCCGCGACGUUCGCGGAGAUCAAAGCCAAGGCGACGGCGGAGCUCGACCGACGCGCGCAGGGGCUGUUUUCCGGCGCGCUCGCGGCCGCGUUCCCCGGCGUCGUCGUCGUCGAGAGUGUUGACGAUGUUAACGGCGGCGACGGCGCCGCGGCCCACGUGGCGGCGUCGGAGCCCGCGCUCGUGGAGACGACGCGGCGGAGCGUGUCGGCGUUGAUGCGUCGCGGCGCGAACGCGACGGGCGCGGGGGGGAAGGACGCGAAGGACGUGGCGAAGCAGAUCUUGGCGACGAAGACGAUACGAGCGACCGUGGAGCCGAUGCUGUCGCGGCUGCUGUCGGAGCUCCCGGAGGACGAGUUCGAUGAGGAGGAGGAGGAGGAGCAGGAGAACUUGGAUUGA